UCAUUUUUUUAUUAGUUUAUCAUGGCAGUGUCCACAUCUAUUUAACCAACCCCUCAAGUUCGCCGGAAAAGGGCAACGGCCACUGUCCUUGUCUGCUUUUUCCCAUCUUUACGGCAUGAUUCCAUUAAUUGAGCUCGAACUAUAUUAACCGAACUCGAAAUCGAGUUCGAGUACCCAUUUAAGAUCACGAAUUCGAGUUCAAUCUUCGUUCCCCAGGCUUGAUCGAGCUCCAACCGAACUCUAAACUGUAACAUCCGAAUCAGUAAUCAGAUACUAGAAAAAUGGCCACCUCAAAACUUCAUGUAGCAAUGUUUCCCUGGCUUGCCUUUGGCCAUUUCAUUCCUUACCUUCACCUCUCAAACAAGCUUGCGGAGAGAGGUGUUAAGGUCUCCUUCUUAUUGCCUAAAGGAGCUCUCACAAAGCUACAACAACUCAACCACCACCCUAAGCUUAUUCACUUCUUUCCUCUUGUGAUUCCCCAUGUUGAUGGUCUCCCUCCAGGUGCUGAAACUGCUUCCGAUGUACCAUUCUCUCUUCAUCAACUACUGGCUUCUGCUUUGGACAAAACUCGGGAUCAAGUUGAGACCAUUCUGACCAGUCUGAAGCCAGAUAUUGUCUUCUUCGAUUUUGGACGAUGGAUUCCUGAAAUCACCCGUCAAGUAGGCACCAAGUCAUUCUACUAUUCGGUGAUCAACGCCUGCACGCUUUCGUUCUUCAGGGUUCCAGCUCGAAGAAUUACUGUGGAGACUACCAUGGAAGAGCUAAUCCAACCACCGCCUGGCUACCCAUCUACUACUGUGAAGAUAAAACACAAUGAGACUCCUCAUAUUGCAGGGCUAAACGAUCCCCGUCUAGGGGCUUUCCUUCACGAGCGGUUAACUACCGGCUUGAGAGAGUGUGAUGCAAUUGCUUUGAGAUCAUGUCAAGAAAUUGAGGGAGCUUAUUCUGACUAUCUUGCACAACAGUAUUCAAAGCCUGUGCUGUUAACGGGGCCAGUAUUGCCUGAAACACCAGCUACACAGCUUGAAGAGAAAUGGGAUAAGUGGCUAAACAAGUUUGAGCCAGGCUCAGUGGUGUAUUGUGCAUUUGGAAGCCAAAUUACUCUACAAAAAGAACAAUUUCAAGAGUUGAUGUUGGGGUUUGAGUUAAGUGGGUGUCCAUUCUUGGUAGCUCAAACGCCGCCUCAUGGAUGUUCAACCAUCGAAGAAGCAUUACCUGAAGGGUUUAAAGAGAGAAUUGGUGAGAGAGGUUGGGUGCAUGGAGGAUGGGUACCGCAGACGUUGAUACUAAAACACCCUUCUAUUGGGUGUUUUGUGAGUCACUGUGGAUUUGGUUCCAUGUGGGAAUCUUUGGUUAGUGAUUGCCAAAUAGUACUGAUUCCAUUUCUUCCUGACCAAGUUAUGGGUACAAGAUUAAUGGUAGAAGAACUGAAGGUAGCAAUAGAAGUGGAGAGAGGGGAAGACGGGAUGAUUGGCAAGAAAGCUUUGAGCAAAGCAAUCCAGUUAGUAAUGGACAACGAGAGUGAAUUGGGUAACUCAGUGAAGAACAAUCAUAUUAAGUUGAAAAAUAUAUUUUCUAGCAAGGAUUGGCAAGAUAAGAAGAUUGAUUCUUUCGUUCAGGAUGUGCAAUUUAUUUUGGAAUCUCCAGGGGCUUAAAUGUAUAAGCAAGUUCACAAAUAUUUGUUUUAUUGUUUUAA